CGUCAUCGGUUUUUCCAGCCAGCAGCAUUUGGCCGACUGCGCCGCACGAAGGGAGAAAGGAAGGGGGCAGGAAAACAGGGGGCGGCGCGGCGGAACGGAGAGCGGAGGAGAAAGAGAGGAAGCAGUCUCAGUUCUCGAUCUCCGAGGUUGGUGCCGGUGGCUAGGGCUGGAAGCCGGCGGCAGAGGCAGAUCUGAUCCGCGGGUGGCGGUGCAGAGGCGAGACUCCCCGGAGCUUCGGCCGGACCGGCCAUCCGAUUCCGCGGCCCGCCUCUGCGAUGGUUCGAUCUCCGCCCCCCACCUCCACCCAGCAGUAAUUUUAUUAUCCUCCUAGGGUUCAAAUCUGGGCGAGAUCGUCGCCGGAUCCCCCGGGCGGUUCUCGUGCUGGGACGGCCAGGCCGGGCCUCGAUCCGUGGGCGCCGCCAGUUCGAGUCAAAUUCCCCAUCUCCUCUGUGCUUGAGUUCGUCGCGCCACCACGAUCCCUCUAGCCCACACACUGGACUUUGAUAAAUAGUCUCUGGCUGCUGCUGCUGACUGGAGUGAUGAAUUCGAGGCCGAUCGUGCUCGUCUUCCUCCUGCUCGUGCUCAUCAUAUCAUCGCAGUUCGAGUGGAAGCAGCAGAUCGGUGAGGCCGAGGCGAGUCCCGAAGCUACGCGGCGGAGGCAGCAACCGCUGGUCGUAAGGGAAGAUGCCGUUAAAGAGAAAAUAAUACUGGCGCAGGAGAAGAACAUCCAGCAGCUCACCGAGCUCAUCCAGAGCCUCCAGGUUCAGCUGCUGCAUUGUCGUGGCAGCAACAGCACUGCUCAUGGCGCCUCCUCGAAUCAGUCUUCAGCCAGUUACGCCGAAGCGGACAGGCAUCAGAUAAUCGAUGACUGAUGACCCGUCAACAUGCCCAGGUACUUUGCAUCACAGUACAACCGGCUCAAGGGCACACACCUGAAUGAUAUAUGAUAGACACCAUCGUUGCGGACCACUAUGUAGUGCCCUGGAGUCUAGGGAGCUUGUCUUAGUUUCCUGUUGUGCUGUGCUAUUGACAACAGUAUGACCACCCCCUUCUAAUACAUGUUCACCCUCGGCCUGUACAGUGUUAUAUUGUAACAGUAUCAUGUAAAUUUAGCCCACCUUCCUCUAUUGAGAUUUGAGAUUGAGAUUGA